AUGGCCUACGACCGCGAGGGAGCCGCCGCUGUGACCUCCUUCUACAAAUUCCUCAUCAGCAGUCACAUCCCUGCCUCGGCUCUGAAGUUACCUACACAGGAUGACUGGCCGGAGCUUACCGACGAAUGGCAAUCUUUUAUGGACAAAGACGCCACCGUCAUGGACCUGAUUCGUCACCUUCCAUAUAUUCAGCCGAACGAGGAUGAUGCGCUCCAGAUCUACCCAUAUAGCAGCCCUAUUGACUUCACCGGCGAGGAGCUAAGAGAUUUUCGGUUUCAUGGUGUCGCUGAGCCGCAGUUCACGCUAUAA